AUGAGCUAAUAAAAUAAUCAAAACAAUAAGACAAAUCUUGACCAAUAUAAGGAAGAUUUAUAAAUCUUUCAAGACGCUUAAUCUAAUUUGAAGGUUCAGUAAGAAGGCUUUACUCAAACUGAAAAUUGGUUUGACUAAAUUUGUGGAGUUUAAAAAAUUUUAUCACUUGAGCAUGCAUAAGCUUGCUUAAAAUUUAGAGAUUUUUUGAAGGAAUAAGAAUUAAAACAAAGUGAUAUUCAUAUCUAGCAAUAAAAUCAAUAGAUUUUGUUUAAAAAAUCCCAAAAAUCAGAAAGUGAUGUUUUAAUCCCUUUCAAAUAAAAAAUCGAGUAAGAAUUCAAAGAAUAUUCUUAAACAAAUAAUAAUCAAAAUAGAGGUAUAGGACAUUAUCUAUUAAUUGGUGUCGGAGCUUUAAUUGCUUUUAAAAUCACAAAAAGAAUUAUUUUUGGUAAAGCAUAUGCUAAUGGUGGUAUUCCCGUUUUUAUUAGCAUAAAUGAUUGCAUAUUUAUUAUUUGA